AUGAAUAUACCGGUCUAUACUCCUCCCCAGAUCGAUACGUUUCUGGAACACUGCACAACACCUCCACAGAAGAAUGCGGCAUCCAAAGAUUCCGAUGAAAGAGCCGACCCCAACCUCACCGGGCAAUCCCCUCCUCCACAACCGGAAGUCCCCGCUUCAGACUUCACGAAAGAAUGGGUUGAGGACCGUCUUCAAAAGCUUGAAGCCUCCACAUCAGAACUGAUUCAUAACCGCAUUCAAGAGUUUGAAGACUUCGCAGUUCAGCCGUUCAAGGAUAGAUCCAUCAGAAUAUUUGAUUCGACCCUCAAGUUCACCGACGCCACAAGGUGUCUUCUGGAAAGAAAUCAGGAACGGUUCUCAGAAAUCGGCGAAGAUCUGCGGGAAGAGGUGGUUCAGCGCAGUAAAUGUGUUCAGCGAACUGCAAUUCUGGAGGACUUGACCUCCGAGUUAAAGGGAGACUUCGACCGGUUUGAAAGAGAAACCGAUCAACGGUUGACAUCAAUGAAUAAUGACCUGGUGGGCACAACACUCGAUCGGGUCUCCGAACUCGAGAAGACAAAUGUGUGUCUCGUGGCAGAAUUAAAGGCGCUCUCUGAACAGGUUGUCGAAUUGCUAAGAGUGAAGGAUGCGCUGGAUGCCGAAGCAGACAAAGAGAAAGAGGGACCGCGUUCAACUAAACUUACCGAAGAGGAAGAGGAAGCCGCGCGGACUAAAAGAGGAGAGGCCUUGUUCCCAGGAUUUACAAAGAAAGCAGCCGCUCAAGCUGCGGAGGAUGCUGAGCGGUUGGAAAGACAAAAACGGAAGCUGGAAGAAUUCGCAGCCGAAAACAAAAAGAAAAAGGCGGCCACCUCCACUUCAGCGCCGAAAAAGCGAAAGAGGGAAGCCCCUAAGAAAGUUCAAAUAGCCGACCUGCUCGAUGAGGUCACUGAAACGGUCAUCACGAGUACAUCGCAGCAGGCCGAUCAACUCGAGGAGGAAGCUGAAGAACAAUUGCAGUCUCGGUCUAUAAGACGACGAUCUUCCGAACCGACCAGUCGACAGCAACCGAAGAAAAAGAAAAGCAUAUAUGACUUCUCGGACUCAGAAUAUGGACUCUCCUUCCUUUACUUGUCUUAG